AUGAAUGAAAAACUGAUAAUUUAAGAAAAUGUAAACAAAAACUAAUUAAUUAACUUAAAUAAAUAAAAUUGUAAAAAUUGAAAUCAUAUAUAGAGGCAUUUCCUAAUAUAUAACAAUAAUAAAAUUUUUAAGGUGGAAAUCCUUAAUAAUAAUCUUUUAACUAAUCUAUAUCUUCUCAAUUUGAGCCAUGUAUUUCAAAUUCAGGCACUUUUGAUAACCGAGUUCAGGAUAAUUUUAUUGUAUUAAUAAAAUUUAUAUAACUAUUUUAGUAGAAAAAUGAGAUGGGUCAAUUAAAAACUUUAGGUUAAAUUAAUUCUUUAAAUAGAAAUAGUUAUCAUUAGUCUCAACCUAAUAAUGUUGUACCAAUAUCUAGUCCCAACUACAUUUUUCAAAAUAACCAACUAAUAUUUAUUCAACAAUCAUGUCAACUUAAUUAAUCUUAACCAAAUAAUAAUUAAGAUAGUGGAAUUUUAUAAAAUUAAUAACAAUUUUCUCCACUCCCAUAACAAUAAAAAUCAUCCUCUAAGAUAAAAUUUAUAGGAAGGGUUCCUGAUUAAAAUCCUACAUUAAUAGAAAAAGAUAAUAGUAUUAUUAUUUUUUAAAUUAGAUUUUAAUAAUCAGGCAAAUUAAUCUAACCCUCCCAUUUUAAUAGAUUGGAAUUUAUUCAAUAGAUAAAUUCCAAAGCCAAAACCAAAACCUUAAGAAGAAAUUCCUUAAAUAGAAAAUUCUUUGUUCUAACGUAUAUAAACUUAAUAAAUUAAAACUAUUGAAAAGCCUAUAGAAGAUGUUAAUAAUGAUGGAUUUUAAUAGUUACAGAUGAAUACUAUAUAUCAAACAAAAAUAAUUAAUUGUUUUUAUUGUAGAACGGCUAUCCAUAAGUAAUAGAUAGGACUUAAUUGCUUACAUUUGUACCAUUAAGAAUGCUUUUAAGAUAUAAUCAAAUAAUAAAUAAAUACAGGAAAAUGUAUUUGCUUAUGCAAUCAAAAAAUUCCUCAAAAGCAAUUAUUAACAUUAUUAACUCAGGAAUUGAAAGAUUAAUUAUUUGCUAAUUAAUUAAAUAAAAUAAUAAAAAGUAAUCCUAACUUAAUAAAUAUGGGAAAAUGA